UGCCGCUGUCCUCUGUGGUUCCCUACACCCACUUUGACGUCCAGUUUCUGGAGAAGUUCGGGGUCACCUUCAGAAGGGAAGGCGAGACGCUCACCCUCAAGUGCAAGCUGCUGGUGACCCCGGAGCUGAAGCGCGUGCGGCCGCGCGCGGAGUGGUACAGGGAUGACGUGCUGCUGCGGGAGUCCAAGUGGACCAGCAUGUUCUUCGGGGAGGGCCAGGCCUCGCUGAGCUUCAGCCACCUGCACAAGGACGACGAGGGCCUGUACACGCUGCGCAUCGAGUCCCGGGGCGGCGUCAGCGAGCACAGCGCCUUCCUCUUCGUGAGAGACGCCGACCCGCUGGUCACCGGCGCCCCGGGCGCGCCCAUGGACCUGCAGUGUCUCGACGCCAACCGCGACUACGUCAUCGUGGCCUGGAAGCCGCCCAACACCACCAGCCAGAGCCCCGUCCUCGGCUACUUCGUCGACCGCUGCGAGGUGGGGACGGACAACUGGGUGCAGUGCAACGACGCCCCCGUGAAAAUCUGCAAGUACCCGGUGACCGGGCUCUGCGAAGGCCGCUCCUACCAGUUCCGCGUGCGGGCGGUCAACAGCGCCGGCGUCAGCAGGCCGUCCCGGGCCUCGGAGGCGGUGGCCGCCCUGGACCCCGCGGACCUCGGAAGGCCGCAAGCGGCCUGCCUGGAGGGGGACAAAGACGUCAGCUAUCAGGACGAGCUGGAGGGCGACGUCCAGAUCCCAGGCCCCCCCACCAACGUGCACGCCUCGGAGACCAGCCAAACCUACGUGGUCCUGAGCUGGGAGCCCCCGGCCCGCCGGGGCAAGGAGUCGUUGACGUAUUUCAUCGAGAAGUCGGCGGUGGGCAGCGGCAGCUGGCAGCGGGUCAACCCCCAGACGGCCGUGCGCUCGCCUCGCUACGCCGUCUUCGACCUGGCCGAGGGGAAGCCCUACGUGUUCCGCGUCCUGUCCGCCAGCAAGCAUGGCCUGAGCGAGCCCUCGGACAUCACGGCCCCCGUCCAGCUGCAGGACGCCAGGGGUGAGUGGCCUGGGGCGGCCCAGCCGUGCUGCUGCCCAGAACUGCCCGGGGCACCUUUACCCAUGAAACCGGCCAACGGGGGCACGGGGACUGUUCCGGCCCUGAGCCCCUGGGCUUCCCGCGGGUGGCUGAGGUCUCCUUGGAGGACGUCCAGCGUGCCGCCAGGCCUGGCACUGCGCCCUGUACUCGUGUCCGGCGGGUGGUGUCCAGGCUCGGCCGCCCACCGGGCCAGUCCCUGGCACCUCGCAGCGUGAGCGUUUCUCUCCUCCUCGCCCCGCUUACUCGGCCCCCGCCCCCAGCGCUCCCUCCGGGCUCCGCUCAGAGUC